GGGAGCGCGGUUGAAUCACCGAGCGCGCCUCCGUCGGAUCUCCUCUUCUUGCCGUCACACCCACUGCUCGGUGUUGUGGGUUCGCCCCGUAGAGAAGGGGAGGACCGACGAUACACACAGCAGCAGAGAGUGCUGCAGUGUGAGCGCAGCGGGGGACUCGGAAGCGGAGGGGAAAAAAACACACACAUAUACACACACACACGCACACACACACACACGCACACACAUCAUCAGCAGCAUCCUUAUUGCCGAAACUUGGUCUAAGGAGAGAUCUGCAGCGACGCCGUGGCGACACAGGCCGACAUGGAAGAGUAUUUGCGGAGGGUCCAGAGCAGACUCGGGGCCUUAGAAGAUCCCAUCCAUGCUGUUUUAGGUGGACCGGAGCCAGAUGUUGACACUGUGGCUGCAACUCUUUGCAUAGCACUACACCUCAGCCAGAAGGAAACAUCAGGUAGGGUGUGUGUGCCGGUGCUGUGCCGCCGGCAACGUGACGCUAAGUUGCCCGGGGAGACGGUGAGGUAUCUGCGAAAGGUAAAAAUUAGUGAGAGCUCGCUGCUGUGGAGAGAAGAUGUAGACCUCGUGAAGCUUCAUCACAUCGGAAAACUCUCCCUCACUCUGUUGAGAGAUGGACUGCUAGAUAGCUCGGAGUACCACACCUUGGAGUCCAGCAUCCUGCGAGUGGUCCAUCAUGACAGGCAGCAGGACGCAGGGGAUGAUGGGGCGUCGUCCGUGGUGACGACAGUCGCCGGGGAGAUUCUUCAAGAAGCAGCCGAGCACAUCGGAGCAGCGCUGGGGGAGACUCUUGGAGAGGCCUUGCAGCUACAAAGUGAAGCUUUGUGGAUCAAACAUGGCCGUCGGUCAGCACAACUGGACGAGCUCAUAAGAUCCUUGGAGCGUUGGAGUGAUGUUACUGCAGGUCAACAUGUUGCGGCGAAGCUACAAGACUUGGAGCAGCUGCUGACUCUGGAGCUGAAGGAGUUUUCUGAUGGACAGAUGACCAUAGCAUUCACUUCAGUGACCACAUAUAAGGAGGACUGGCAUGGUUAUGUGGACGGGAUGAAAUCAUUCAGCCAUCGCCAUGGCUAUGAUGGUCUGGUGGUUCUCUUAUCCAUCAAUGAUACCGUUCAUCAUCCACGCCAGCAGAUGGCUGUCUACUCAAACAACACAGAUCUCCUAAACCAGAUCUGCUGUGAGUUGGAAGAGUCUUCCAGCUGGUCUCUUUCUGGUAAACUGGAGGCCAGGGAGAGUCUCCAGGUCUACCACAUUCCUAUAAACACCUGCUUAACUUCUGGUACUUCACCUCUGCUGGCAGAAGAAAUACAGGGCCUCCUCAAGGACUUUGUUGACCGGCGGAGCUCUGUAUUAGCCUGCCACCCCAGCAGUAGGACAUCUUCCACAGAGGGAGUGGCAGGCAGCGUGGAGUUCUCCCAGGGAUCAUCUGGUAUCAAUGACAUGGAUGGCUCCGACAUAGAGAGAGCUGAAGGAGGCAUUGGAGAUGUGGUGCCAAUAGCAAGGGUGAUGGCAGAUGGUGAAGAAGACACAGGAAGUAUAGGAGUUGGUGCUGGUGGGGAGCUUGUGAGCCCUGACAGUGGUUUGACAACCAUUCGCAGCAGCCGCUCUUCCAAGGAGAGUUCAGUGUUCCUCAGUGAUGAUAGCCCAGUCGGUGAAAUUAUAGCAGCAGGAGGGCAAGCUGCAGGGCCAGGAGGACUCUUUCUGAGAAACCCCUCUCCCCUGGGAUUGUCAUCCCUCUCCCCACCUGUUCCACCUGAGAGGAGGAAGAACCACUCUGGCAGAAAUAAGAGUGAAAACUUUGACCGGUUUAGUUUUGACCCAGUACAUAGCAGUGACCAGUCUACACCAAGAAGAGGGGAGUUGGAAAAUUCUAGAGUUGGAGGAGAUGAAGGAGUUGGAAGAGCAGGGAGCUCUAGCUUAUCAGAACUUGAAGAGCUGAGCUUGCUGGAUUUCUCUGCUCCCAAUUCAUUUGGCGGGCUUGAAAGUAGAAAUUCUUCCAUUGACCACCAUGGUCGAAUCCAUGGGAAUGACAUGAUUGAAACUGUGGUUCCUCCAACUCCAGUCAACAGCGUGGUAGGUAGCCGCCCAACCAGCAGGUGCGGGGUCAGGUUUUUUCCAGAAGAUGUAGUUGAAAGGAUCAAUGGCCUGCAGCACAAGGACAGUGUGUCAUCGUCAUUGUCAGAGACCUGGGAAGAACUUGGCUUUGACACACAAGGGGCAUUGUCCUCAAAUGACAAUGAUGCCUGGAAUAGGACCAAGGAAUCUGAAAGCCUCCAGAAUAUUGUGGAGGAAGUUAGAGGGAAAGACUCCGUUGAUUAUGUUACAGAACAAGAAAGCAGAGAAGAGAUCUUAAAGUCAGAGAAUGCCCACCAGAAGAAAAAGAGCCUUGAACCCCAGCUUAGUUUGAUCACGGAGCAGACUGAAAACUAUGACACCUGGAACCCAGAUCACGUACGUAACGAUCAAUGGAACCCUGUCACUUUGGCUUAUCUGCAAUUGACACCAUCGGAAGCGGAGGUAACUGGAAAAUGCAAGGCUGAUAUCAUUGGAGUUAAAGAAAAAACAUCCUCAUUGUCGAGAAAGAAAUCAAUCCUAACUUUAACUCCAGACACAUCUAAAGAAGACGACGAAGGGGUACAGGGGGAAAAAGCAGAGAGACAGACGGAGCUCCUAGACUUCUGGACGUACUCAGCUCAGAAGGGAUUUCUCAAAUCGGAUAGUGGAACCACCACGUCUUACCCUGAAUCACUAGAUAUGUGGAAUAUGACAAUCUGGGAUGACAGUCUAUCACCUCUCACGACCCCUGAGAACUUGUCUGGAAACUCAGGUUCUUUUUGUGGGGGGAACCCCAACGUUGGCACAUCUGUGGAAAGUCCGCUAGGAUUCUCUGACGGUGGAAUGGUGAUGUGGAACACCACCAUACAGGAAGACAGCUCGUCCACAAUAACAAGCCCAGAAGGAGCUGAAAAUGGAAAGGACCUGAGUCACAUGGGAUCAUUGGAUGCUAGCGAUUCUCCCGAGACACAUGCAUGCAAACAGGAGGAAGAACAAAAAGCUGUAGAGGAGGAGAUAUGUAUAAAUAAAUUACUUUGUCAGACACCCAAAGACUUGGGGUGGAGAGGUUACGAACACAAUGUGAAAAUAGUCAUAGAGCCAGCAGAAGGUAGAACACAGGAGGAAGAAACAGGUGACAGUGACAUCCAAAGUUUUCAGAGACAACAGUGUGUCUUGCAGAACUUGGCAUCUGAACAUUCAGAAGAUGAGACUUUUCCUUACCAAGGCACUAACAUGUGUGACCUGCCUGUCCCUAGCAUGGUCACCUCUACUUCAGAAUAUGACAAUGUAGGAGCUGGCACUUGGAGUUUGACAUCCUCCCCUGAGACCUAUCCUAGCCCUGUAGUACACAUGAUACAGCUAGAACAGCAGUCUAGCCCUUUUGUAGCUGUGACAAAACCUAUACAGGUAGAUGAGAGGCACACUCAGUACGAAAAGAAUGGUCCUCUGGGACAGACUGAUUACAGAGCAGUCAUUUUAGACAAAGAACAGCCAACCAACCAGGUGUUCCUAUUUGAGGGAGCGAGUGAGUUGGGUCACAUGACCAGCAGUGAGAGUAAGUAUGACAACAAAAGUGGAGAAGGAUCAGAGGAAGCGGAUCAUUCCCCAUUUGUUCUGGUGGACUGCUCCCUUGUCACUCAGACCACUUCAGCCAAUCAUCAUGCAAGUCCAGGAGAAGCCGCUGAGACUCAAAUCCAGGCUGAUCAAUCAUUUUCCCCAAGCAUUUUUGAGUUGGACGAAUUUGUUUCCAAGAAACAUGUUCUGUCAUUUACAAUGCCCCAAAAUAAAGAUGGGCCUACCACUGAAAGCCAAUGUGGCACUGGCAAUUGGAGCAUUGGAAAUGUGGUGGGUGAAACAACAGAAGCCAUGUCUCUAAGCUCCAGCUCUGGGGGGGAUAGAGACACACUAAAGUAUAGCCCCGACAGCCUUCACCCAGGUAGUCAAGACGAACUCAGGUCCAAUUCUGAUGGGGAUUCGUCAUCAGGCCUAGAAAUGGAUUACAUCAUUGUGUCUGGCACAGUAAAAGAAGCUGAGAGAGAAUUCCACGAUAGGCCUAAACAGGGUAACAGGCAAUCAAAAGGUACAAAAAAGUCCAUGGAGACAUUUAGCAUGCUUUCCUAUGCUGCCACAGUACUGCAAACCCAUGCCCAAGCUGCAAGUAGAGACCAUAAGAAGAACACAGAACAAAGUAGACAAAAACAAAUGACCAGAGAAACUGACAGUACACAUAGCAAAGUUACAGAGCAAAGUCAAGCGGCCUUAUGCGCUCAUUACCAAGCAAGUCUUGAUGAUGCCACUGAGCAUUACGUGCCAGAAAUUGUCAGUCCCAGCCAAUCAAAAAAUAACUCUGAAGCUUUAUAUCAGUCUGAUUCAAGACCAACAGGUUACAGUCAAACACAGGUAGAAGAAGGAAGCUAUGAUGAUAAAUCAAGCAUUGUGGCCAGAAGUGUGUCUCCAUCUUUAAGAUAUCCGUCAGAUCACUUCCUGAAAACCAGAGAGGAAGUUUAUGUCCAUUCACAGAUCUCAAUGGAAGAUUCAGAUGAGGGUGGGCAGUCACCCUCUGCACCUCCACCAGACUUUCAAGUCUGGGGGGGGCAGUUAGCGAGACAGGACGCACCACAAACAUCUGAACCACAAUCCCCUCUACUUACCAACAGUUCAGUCUCCCACACAAGCUCUUUGAUUGGCACUCCAUUAAGUGAAUCUGGUAUUUCUACUGACAGAGGACUUGGAUUACCAUUUUCUGGAGAUUUGAUGGAAGAGGAGAAUGAUGAGGAAGAGCAGGAAGAGGGAACUGAUAAGGAGCUUACUACCUUGCCAACAUGGACUUCAGAAGUACAAAGUGCAAGUGAGGAAAAACAACAGUUUGGAUCUUCUGAUCUGCUUAGUUUCACUGAGGAGCUGAUUGGAGGUUCCUCAUGGCAACAAACAGAUUUGCAAUCACUCGAACCAAAGAGGGACAGAUCCCUACAGAAUACAGUGGAUUACUAUAAUCGACAACCUAUGAGGGCUGUUGAUUAUUAUAAUUGGUCGACUGAACAACAGACUGGAGAUCAUGAAUCUUCUCAAGAUGGCUAUUCACCUGUUUCAAGACAAUCCCAACAGGGAGACGGUGCAGCAGGCAUGAUGGCCUCCAGUGAGGAGGUUGCUAAGGAGAGGGAUAACAAAGAAGAUCCAUUAUCCUCGGCGGAUCUGUCAGGUGGGUCCAAUCAAAGGAGAAAGUUGGCAGCUCCACCAAUGAAUGUGUCACUGGACUGCAGUGAGGGGUCUCUUCUCUCAGAAGAUGCCCUGGACACAGAGGACGAAGCCUUGGAUACUGGUGAUGACCUCGAUGUCAACAUAGAUGAAGACACACCUGAUGAGGCUGACUCACUGGAGUUCAACAGACACGGGAACUCAAAAGAGUCUAAUCUGGGUGCAGGAGCCGCAUCAAGUGAUGCCAUGGCAGGACACAGAUCAGCUGAGGAGAGCAGGGAAAACAGGCUGUGGAGGAGCGUGAUGAUUGGAGAGCAGGAGCAUCGCAUUGAUAUGAAGUGCAUUGAGCCAUACAAAAGAGUAAUUUCUCAUGGAGGUUAUUACGCCGAACAGAAUGCCAUCAUCGUGUUUGCAGCAUGCUUCCUACCGGACAGCGACUGUGACAAUUACAAUUAUGUAAUGGAAAACCUUUUUCUGUAUGUAAUAAGUACCUUGGAAUUAAUGGUGGCAGAAGAUUACAUGAUUGUUUACCUGAAUGGCGCCACACCCCGCAGGAGGAUGCCCGGCUUUACCUGGAUGAAAAAGUGCUACCAAAUGAUAGACAGAAGACUGAAGAAAAACCUUAAGAUGUUCAUCAUCGUCCAUCCUUCCUGGUUUAUACGGACUUUGCUGGGAAUCACCAGACCCUUUAUAAGCUCCAAGUUUAGCAGUAAGAUCAAGUAUGUGAACAGUCUGCAGGAGCUUGGGGAAAUCAUCCCAAUGGAGUUUGUCUACAUUCCACCCAGCAUUGUAAAGUAUGACGAGGAGAGGGGUUUACACAAAUUUGCAUGCAUGAGACUGGAUACAGAAUUGCAAGACACAGCAGCUAAAGCUGACAAGACGGGGAAGUCUUUUGUUUGACAGUUACAAGAUACCUGGCUGCUGCCCAUCUUCUCCCUACAUUAUGCUGUACUUUACCACAGCAUAUCUGAAUAUAAACCAGCCUGCAGCAUGAUGUGUACGGCACAUAGUUGUUGCAAUGGGUAAGAAAGAAAGAAUCUGUGGUACAAAAUAUCAGGCCUAUGCUUGUUUUUUGAGGAAAGUACGAAUGUGAGAGUGCUGAACAUGUACAUGUCAGAGACUCGCUUUCCUGAAAGGGAGAUGCUUUAUCCUGUAUUACUGUACCUUACACAGCACUUAAUUGUGUACAUCAUUCUAGCUUUUGUUUUCUUUGACCAAAUUUUAAUUUGAACAAUACUUAGAUUCUUAUGUAAUUCA